AAACAUUUUAUUUUCUACACGAGCAACCAGCGAUCAGUGGAAAGCUCAGCACAUAAACUAGGCUACUCUGUUUACAGCUGAUGUGUAGCGCUGGAGUAGGUUGAAUGACAUGUUUUAAAUGCUUUAUAGUCCCGCCUUCUGAAGAUUAACCACCAAUUGGAGACUGUAAUUGUGAAGCGACUGACCACUGACCAGGAAGACACCUGGCACCAUCGUCGCGACGCCAGUGUACCUGCCCGGUAUGCCACCGUUAUUACAGCACAACAUGCAGGCUAUCCUGAUGAAACCACCGCGGAGGAGAAUAAUGCGCACGUAGAUUUCAACGAUUAGCUGCAGCGUGGCGCAUAUUUUCUGCCUCGACACAGCUUGGACACAAUUCAACCUUGAUAUUUAACGUUAGCCUGCCUUUGUGCUAUAACCGGCAGGCAUUCUUCGAGAAUAUUCUUGCGAGCAUCUCAGGACUGUUGAACAGCCAUGAAAGGGACCUGUUAAAAUACUUGGACCUGCCGUUGCCUGUUGGAACCCCAGUUGUCAAGUGGAACACUGUGGUGGACUAUAACUGCAUACAUUACCAACAAUGAUUGUCCUGAAAUACCAUGUUUCCCUACCAGUAGCUGCCGGUGCCAUGUUUGUUGGGAUUCCUUACGGCAUUUCACUUGUUGCUCAGUGGCUGUAUGGUUGGCCUAAUAAACCAGGUUAUAAGAAGUACAUUGAGGGUCUGAAGCCCAGACGCAUAUACUGCCUCUCAAGAGCAGUACUGGAGAUGCUGAAAUACUUCAAGUAUGGCAGGCUAUAUUUCCAGUGGAAGUCUUGGUACAAGAAUGUUGACAACAACAAGCAUUAUGUAAAAGGUAUCACUUUUGGUCGAAGGGGCAAGAAGUUGGAUUUAUACCAUUCUCCAAGCAUGGAUCAACAUAAAGUCAUGCCUGUGGUUGUGUUUAUAUAUGGUGGUGCUUGGGGGUCAGGAGAGAGAAGCACAUACUGUCUGCUUGCUCUCCAGAUGGCCAAGGAACUCAAUGCCACUGUGGUUUGCCCAGAUUACUCAAUUUAUCCAGAGGGGAAUGUAUUAAAUAUGGUCGAGGACAUAUCAGACAGCCUACUGUGGGUGAGGGAGAAAGGACAGCAGUUCAAUAUUGACAAGGACAACAUAGUGUUAAUCGGCCACUCAGCAGGGGCACACCUGUGUGCUCUGACCACACUGUUCCUUAUAGACGAAGCAGAGGAGCUUGGUAUAGAGGCAGCUAAACAAACAGCCAUUACCUCAGCAGUCAAGGGAAUCAUAGGGUUAAGUGGAGUUUACAACAUCUUGGACCAUUAUCAGCAUGAAAAGAUGCGUGCUGUGGAGUAUGUCUCAACCAUGCAUAAAGCCAUGAAUGGAGUACAGAAUUUUCCUUAUUACUCACCUACUCAUGCAAUUCAAAAACUUGAUGGAGAAAAGAUAAAAAGAGUCCCUCCCUUUGGCUUGCUUCAUGGAACCGAUGACAUCAUAGUUCCGGUGGAGUCAUCGAUGAGGUUCUCUGAGGUCCUGACUUCCCUCUCUGUAAAAGUGUCUCUCUACCUGAUGCCUAAACUGGACCACACAGAGAUGGUUACGGAUCUGAUGGCACCAGACAGACAUUUUUAUCACACUGUCUAUGGCUGUAUCAAACAGGAGUACAGUAAAUUCAUGGAAGCAUGUUGAAUCACUGAAUCAUUCUCUUCCUACAAAUUAACCAAAUUCUGAAUAUGUGUCUUUUUUCUGACAUUUUUCUUAACAACUUGCCUUUCUACUCAGUGCAGCAUUAAACAUCAUUGUCAUUUCUUUACAGUCAUUCCUUUUGCAGUUUUACACAAAAGUAUUCCCUGUUAACAUGUUUAACUGUAAACAGAUACUAUUAAAACAUCAUUUGCAGAAA